AUGGCGACGAUACCUUCACCCUUCCUUGACCCAGGAGCGCAUGCGACGGCGAACAACCUCGGCAUUCUUCAAUUACGUCGCGAUCAUCUCAUUCCCGCCGUCCUCAAGCCAAACGCCGACUCGGACUAUGCAGAAGGCAAGGUAGAAAACACGCGCUUCGGCUCUUUCCCACAUAGCACACUUGUAGGACAACCCUGGGGCACGCAAAUCCUAGCGUCAGUCGUCGACACUGGAUCGCGCGGAAAGUCGAAGAAAAGAAAGCGAGACGGCAAAGAUGAGGGUGAAGGAACACCGGCCACUGAGCCCGAGGUGGUGAAGAAGGAUAUUGUCAAGGCGGCAGUAGCAAGCAGUGGAUUUGCGCAUCUCAUACCGCCUACGCCAGAGACAUGGACGAUAUCCCUGCCGCAUCGUACCCAAGUCGUAUACACACCCGACUACAGCUAUAUCCUACAGCGACUGCGCGUACGGCCGGGCGACCACAUCAUAGAAGCAGGUGCUGGUAGUGGAAGUUUCACACACGCCGCCGUAAGAGCAGUCUACAAUGGCUACCCAGGAACCCAAGCCGCGGCCUUAGAAGUCGACGAAGAAAAUGCCGUAGGCAUGCCCAAGAAGCGAAAGCGCAAAACACGAACCGGUGGCGUCUACAGCUUCGAAUACCACGAGCCGCGCGCCCGUCAACUCCAAGCCGAAAUCUCAGACCACGGCCUCUCCCCACUAGUCACAGUAACCCACCGUGACGUCUACAACGAUGGCUUCAACCUCGAUGACGACUCCAGCGCCCCAGACGCAGACGCCAUUUUCCUCGACCUACCCGCUCCCUGGCACGCACUCAAACACCUCACGCGCUCCCCUCCUUCCUCCGCCGCCCUGAAGUCCGUCUCUUCAGACCCAUCCACGCCCUCGCCCGCCUCCGACGACACCCAACAAGUACCCACGACCACCUCAACAUCCUCCCCGCAACCCCGACCCUUCCGCAGCCCACUAAACCCGCGCAACGCAACCCGCAUCUGCACCUUCUCCCCGUGUAUCGAACAAGUCACAAAAACCGUCUCCGCGCUGCGCACACUCGGCUGGCUCGAAAUCGACAUGGUAGAAAUCGCCGCCAAGCGCCUCGACGUGCGGCGCGAGCGGGUUGGACUCCAAGAAGAAGGCGUCCGCGGGGGUAACUCGCAUCCCGCAAACGUGGCUGAGGCCGUACAGCGACUACGCGAUGUCGAGGGUCGCGCGGCCGUGUUUCAUAGUAUGCAGCGCGAGAAGCAGGAGGAGGUUAUGCGCAAGGCCGAGGCGAGGAAGAGGGGGGAGGCUGUAGGCGUGGAUGGUGAGAAGAAUGCGAAGGGAGAGAAGAAGAAGAAGAUGGAGGGUGCGCCGCCGACUUGUGCAUCGCACCGAGGCGGAGCUCAAGACGCAUACUAG